AUGGGGCUUUUGUGUGCGCUUGUGGUCCAUCUGGUCGAGAACUUGCAAGGGAAGCUGCAGACACACGAAUUCAGUACUCUCACUGUCCUCCCCUUCUACUCUGUCCCCCAGGGCCCUCUUUAUGAUGCCUUAGAGGCAACUACAAACGCAGCUCGAGCCGGAUUGCGCCUCAAGGUUGGGGUGGCUGGCCAGCCUUCUUCCGGGGAAUUUAAGACCCGUUUUUCACUUCAUCCGCAUCAAGGCUGUCUCCCUUAG